AUGCGCACUGUACGUACAUCUCCAGUGUACAUCGACUUCACCUAUAUCUCACAAAUGGAGGGCUUUGUGCCGCUGAAGCAUCAGGCAGCUGGCCACGAUGGGUGUUUGACGGCGGGUGCUGUUUUUGCCAAACUCACCAAUCAGCAGGAAAUUGACUUUUACGAGCUGACAGCGCCUCCAACCGAAGAGCUUCCUCAGGGUAGCCAUUUGAGCCACUGGAUGCCUAUUUACAUGGGCACGUUGAACGAAGGUGUGAUUGAGGCGGAUGAGCAGAUGACGACAAUUGUAGCAGACGAAAUCAAGGAUAUCGAGGAGGUAAAACGCAAAACACCUGCGUCGGAUAAGAAGUAUAUUGUCUUGCUGAACUUGUACCAUGGGUUCUUACGUCCGUCAAUCUUGGACAUCAAGCUUGGAAAGGUACUUGUGGAUGACACUGUGAGUGAGGAGAAGAAAUUACGUUUGGACAAGGUGAGCGCUUCCACAACGAGUGGAUCGUUGCACUUCAGAAUCUGCGGCAUGAAGAUCCAUAAGGCUGGUGAUAAGCCGCUUCCAAAAAUUUUCCCGGGAAUGGAGAAGACAGUCACUGAAGAUGAAGAGAGCGUUCUGUUUGAUAAGUUUUACGGGCGCUCCUUGACAACGGCCAACAUAGAUGACGGGGUGGAUCAGUUUUUUGCAUUUGUACAAGACAAGACCCAGAAAAAGUUGCUUCUCAACAGGUUUCUUCAGCGUCUUCAGCUACUAUACAAUUGUCUCUUGGAUACAGAGGUUCGCAUAAUAUCAGGUUCACUUUUCUUCGUUAUCGAGAGUGAUCCUCAGAGAUGGAGGGAUGCAUUGAAGGAUGAGAAAUCCUAUUACGCCUUGGACCCUCUACUACGAGAGUAUGAUGAGGAUGAGAGCGAUUCAGACGAAGAAAAUCAUCUUAAAAACCUUCCUCUAAGUAGUCUACAUAUGAUAGACUUUGCGCAUGCCAAGUAUACAAAAGGCGAAGGAUACGACGAGAACAUCAUAGUUGGAGUCGAGAAUUUGAUAGGCGUUUUUGAAAGACUUCUUCAAAAAUGCAAUUAG